UUUCCGGUGUGUUGCGGGUUUGAUUCCCGCAGGAUCAUCUCGUCCAGAUGUCAAGCAAACGUACAUUUGUGUAUUUAGCUUAUUUCAGUAUUGAGGUUGUUGUCAGAGGCUCCGGUGACUGACAGGUUGUUUGUCCAAUGGCAGCGCGGCUCGGCUCUAGAGCAGCGCUGUGAUUGGUGAAGGGGCCAGAGGGGCGGGGCUCCGAGAUUACAGCUGGGGACAUCUAGAGGGAAUCAAACAGCGAAAUCCGGCACCGAGGCAGUUCGGGCUCCGCACUCUGUUCGGGCUCCGGUGCAGCGCGACGCGGCUCCGGAGGGACCGAGCAACUCGACCAGUUCAACCGGGAGAUCCGGAUUCACCCCGGGAGGGGAUGGACUGAACCGAUCCGACAUCUGAGGGUCUGAGGCCCGAUGGAAGCUGCGACACAUCCGGACCCGGAGCGUCUGGAUCCCGGUUCCUGAUCCGUGUGGGGGGGUCUCGGUGUUUUUUGGUUCCGGUCGGAUCCUCGUCCGCGUGCUGGUCUGGAUUAAAACGAUCAUGAAUCAUCCGCCUCCGCUCCUCUAAUCAGGAUUUAAAUCUGAGAUCGGAUCUGGAUUAGUCUGCUCCUGGUUCUGAUCGGGUCGCAUCUAACCCGCUCUGAACCGGUCCUGGUCCCGGUGUGAUCCUUGGUCCUCUCUGGUCCUGGUUUCCUCUGCUGUCAUCAUGCCGACGUCCCGGCCUGGUUCGGAACCGGUGGAGUUCUGGGUCGAGGGUUCGAGGCGGGACGGGACGGUGGAGGAGUUCUACACCCUGAGCUCCGAGCUGGGCAGAGGAGCCACGUCCAUCGUUUAUCGCUGUGAAGAGAAACAGACUCAGAAACUCUACGCCGUCAAAGUCCUCAAGAAAACGAUUGACAAGAAAAUAGUUCGUACAGAGAUUGGCGUCUUGCUGCGUCUGACGCAUCCAAACAUCAUCCAGCUGAAGGAGAUCUUUGAGACGGACACUGACAUCGCUCUGGUUCUGGAGCUCGUGACUGGAGGAGAGCUGUUUGACAGGAUCGUGGAAAGAGGUUACUACAGCGAGAGAGACGCUGCUCACGUCAUCAAACAAAUCCUGGAGGCUGUGGCGUAUUUACAUGAACAUGGCGUGGUGCACCGUGACCUGAAACCAGAGAACCUGCUGUAUGCCGACCUGUCACUGGACGCUCCGCUCAAGAUAGCCGACUUUGGUCUCUCCAAAAUCAUUGAUGACCAAGUCACCAUGAAGACGGUCUGUGGUACCCCGGGAUACUGCGCUCCAGAGAUUCUGAGGGGAAACGCCUACGGACCUGAAGUGGACAUGUGGUCAGUGGGCGUCAUCCUCUACAUCCUACUGUGUGGGUUCGAGCCCUUCUUCGACCCGAGGGGCGAUCAGUACAUGUACAGCAGAAUCCUCAACUGUGACUACGAGUUUGUGUCUCCGUGGUGGGACGAGGUUUCCCUCAAUGCAAAGGACCUGGUGAGCAAGCUGAUCGUUCUGGACCCUCACAAGCGCCUCAGUGUCCGGGAGGCUCUGCACCAUCCCUGGGUGCUGGGGAAGGCCGCCCGCUUCUCACACAUGGACACCACUCAGAGGAAACUACAGGAGUUCAAUGCUCGGCGUAAGCUCAAGGCUGCCAUGAAGGCCGUCGUAGCCACCAGCCGCAUGCACGAGGGAACGCGGCGUCGUACCGACAGCUGUGAGAUUCCAGGCUCAGGGGCUUCAAGGCAGAGCAGCAUGCAGCAGGACCAGCCUUCUGAUUCCACAGACGGCGCCCCUUCAGACCAUGAAGCCCCGCCCUCAGAUCAACAGCCACAAGACGCCGAAUCACAGCCCACCGACAAAAGUGCUCGUAGCCCCUCGUCUCCACGUGUUCUCAAACCCCCCAGCUCUGAUGUCACGGCCACUGAGGCCCCCCCCACUAGGCCGCCGCUGCGGGCUGACGGGCUGCGGCAGGCGUCCGUCUGUCCUAAAACUGUGCUGGUCCAACCCCGACUGCCGCAAAAGAGCUGCUCCAUGGUAGAGCCCACCUCCAGAGUUGAGGCCACGCCCUCGAGUCCCGGCAGCCUCACCAAUGGCUUCACGCCAGUGGUGGAACCAGUCAGUAAGAUGCCCCACGGCCAGUGAUCACCUGACAGAGUGGCCCCAGUUUCAUACUAUCACAACAAUCAUGAGGUUCCAACGUCAUUCAUUUAAAACAUUUUUCCUGUAGCCACCUCUUCCAAAGCUACGCCAUCAGCUGUUGCUAACAUGCUAACAGCUAUACCCUCACAGUUGUUUUCUACCUGCGGUUGAGCUGCUGGUUUUUCGAGGUUUGUCCAGUUUCAGGAGUCAGGAAUCAUACGAGCUGUUUGUUUUACUGUGGUAAGAAAAACCCCAGAGCAGCUAGCACACGUCACAAACUAAGCUAACAGGAGCUGCUGAGGCUAAAGGCUAACUGAACCGGAAACCUCCCAAACAUCCUCUAAACGCAGCCUUCGGGUGAAACCCGGUUUCUCGUGGUUAUGACGUGAGAAGUAGUGUUAACGUUAGUGGGAGUGGUCAAGUAUGAGCAGAAUGCUGCUAGGCAACAGCAACAUGGAUGCUAAAAUGACCUUCCUUUUAGGUUUAGGGCUAACACGCUGCAGGAAAUCAAAAAUGACUCAUUGACCCGGAGAAGAGUCAAAGCCAAAUGAAAAUCAAGAAACUUUACAAAAUGUCAUUUUGUUAUCAAUGAAAAGUGAACUUCCAUGGAAACGAGUCAGUGUUCAUAGUCUCUGUUUCUGUGGCGGUGACAACCACCAGAGGGCAGCAUUCACAUAGACUGCUCACAUCAUAUCAAUAGUAAGGAAACUUUUCUGCUAAACUCUGACCUCUUGUUGAAUACAGUUGUGAUAUUAUCAUAAAUGAUAAUUUUCCAGUUAUGUGUAAAACAUUGCUGAUUGAGUCAAGAGAUUUAAAUUUGUCUCUGAACAUAUAAUUAUAUUGUAAAUGUUGGAUUUUAUUGGUGGUUUAUCUUCCAUUAAUAACAAUUGCCACAAAAUGUAAGAAGACGGAGGCUGGUUACGUAAACUCACGGGUUGAACCAUACGACAUGAGCACAUCAUCAUGAACAUGAGACCCUCAGACUCUUCAGGCUCAGAUCAAACUAAGUCUCGGAGUUUGGUUCUUACCAAAUUAAGAAACGUUUAACAACUGAAUGUGAACCAGUGAAGUGAACGGUUCUGGAGACGUGUGGAAUCCACUUCCUGUUAACUCAGGUUCAUAACGUUAUGUUGCUGGGAGCAGAUCUCAGGUUCUGAUCUGAGAUCUGAAGCCUCAUGUCUUUGAUCCAUGUUUCCUUUGAUCUGUUCUGGUUUCACGUUGUAACUUAGAGACUAAAGAACGAACAUCCUGUCGUCAUCACCUGCGUGGGCGGAGCCUACCUGUACUCGACUCUGAUGGUUCGUCUGACAGCGUCUGACAUGUUCCUGUUGUCAGCUGGGGGUGGGGGGGGUAGUCUUUCUGUUUGAAUGGAGGAAAGGAGUGAAGCUUCAUCUGUUUGCCAUGGUAACAUCAUGAUGGUGUGACUAGCAGCAUCAGCCCCUCCAGGCGCAGUACUCCACAGUACUACAGUACUCCAGAGUACUCUGAAUGUUAAAUGGUUUGUAUUUAUAAACACUUUUCUAGCCUUGAUGACACUCAAUGUCUUGACAGUAGUUAUCCAUUCACACACACAUUCAAACAGAGCAUCAAUUAGCAGCACUUCUUGUUCUAUGACGGGCAGUUGGGGAUCAGCAUUUUGCCCAAGGACACUUCGGCAUGCAGAUGGGGACGAUUGGGGAUUGAAUCUUCUGGUUGGAGGACGACCGCUCUACCCCUCGCCCAGUACUCCCCAGUACUCCACAGUACUACAGUACUCCACUAGUUCAAAUGCACCAAACGAACGUCCUCGUGGUUCAAACAUUAUAUUGUCGGAGGUGAAGACUGCAGCUGCUUCCUCUUCUUCUUCUACUGUUUCAUUCUGUCUCUACUUCCUGUGAUUGGUCCAAAAGUCCAAACUGUCCAACAAAGUGUUUCCACUGCAAACCAACAGAACCUGGUUCAGUUUGAUCCAGACCCAGAACUCCUCCUCUGCUCUGAAGAACCGUUCACACCUGAUGCUCAAGUCCAGAAGCUCUGAAGCCAACCAGGUGUGAACGAGUCCGAGUUCUUCUUCUUCUUCUUCUUCUGGUUCAGAAGAUGAAUUCUUCCUCAGACGUUCAUGACGGAGAUGAGUGAUUGUAUUUUAUUAAACUUUAUUAACAUGGAAAAUGUGGACAGUGAUAUGAAGGAGUGAGAGCUUCUUCUUCUUCUUCUUCUUCUUCUUCUUCUUCUUCUUCUUCUUCUUCUUCUUCUUCUUCUUCUUCUUCUUCUUCUUCUUCUUCUUCCUCUUCUUCUCCUCCUCCUCCUUCUUCUUGUCUCUGUUCGGAGCAUGAGUGUGAAAAUAACAGAUUUCUGCUUUUCACAGAGAAAAAUCGACUUGGACUUUUUUAUCCUUUCUACUCUUGUUGACUGAGUAGAUGUCGUAGUUUUAGCCUCAGUGACAUGUUGUGUUCGUGAGCUUCUAUUGAAACCUGGUGUUUGUACAGAGCUGGUUUGAAAAGGACUGAGACUCGUUCAGUGUGAUUCCAACAUUACAGAUUCAAACUUCUCAUCUGAUCUGAAACCACACGUUCUACCUCUUUUUCUACAGGGGCUUCCAAUAGAGGAAACAAACCAACGGUGGCUGGGACACUUCAACCUGCACAGCGAAGCUUAGUCGAGUCAUGUGACUGAUCAGAACCAAUCAGGAAGAGAACGUCUGCGUCAUCGUUAACUAAAGUCCCAGUUUCUGUUCAGACUGAAACAAGACCAGUUAACACCAGUUUACACCAGUUUGAACCAGUUUAAGGGGGCGGAGCUGUCGAGCUGUGGUGGUGAUCGCUGUGUGUUGUUCUGUCUCAGCCACCGUACAAACAUGUUGGUCCCUUUAAAGAGGAAGUGAACACACAAAGCUCUCGACCUCUGACCUGAGGCUGAGGGGCUCUGAUUGGUCGAGGAGCUCUGACAGAGGUGUGUGUUCCUCAGGUGAGAAACUCGGGCGAAUCUUUACUCUUCUGUACAAACAUGAAUAUUUUACUUAUAUUAAUCUGCCUGUGGGGGCGUGGUUGGGGUGGGCGGGGCCUUGCCUGUAAACGUAUCGUCUUGUGUUUGAGAAACCUGUAGCUCUUUUAUUUUGAAGGAUGAAACCUGUAGCUCUUUUAUUUUGAAGGAUGACCUAUAAACUGUCAUUGCAUGUAUUAUUUAAUUUUGUUGAUCCAAUCAGAUUAAAGCAGGUUGAACUGA